AUACGUACCCGGAAACCGAAGGACUUUGAGAUGAGAACUCCGACAAACGUCUUCUACACUUUGGUGGCCUUCGCCUUCAUGUGGCAGGUCUCGCUGGCUGUCCCACCCUAUAGUGACGUCGAGAUUGUAGACGGGAAAUGCAAGUGGGGGAACUACCUUGUCCCUGACGGUGAAUCUUUGAACCUCGAGGAUCCUUGUCAGACCUGGCAAUGCAGCGUCGAAGACAGGUCAUUUGCCGUUCUUGGGUGCGGUCUCAUCGGAAACCCGUACAACUGCGAAAUCGUCAGAGGAACCGGGCUACCCAAAUUGCUGCUAUCGCACCAAUUGCCGCGGAAAACCCCAGUACCCAAGGUACUGGCUAGGAAAUGAUUACCGGUACCCAGGAAAAUGAUUUCAUUAAUCAACAGCUGUAUCAGGAAUAAAGCUGGUAUUUCCUAG